UCGCCCCGCCCCUCCCGGGAGCCCUGUCUUCUGCCCUGCGCUGAGUGUCCGCGUCGCAGUCGCCGUAGUCGCGGGCACCCCGCUCGGCGUCGGUGCCUGAGGGAGGCCGCGAUGGCGGCCGAGGCCCUGGCGGCGGAGGCCGUGGCGUCGCGCCUGGAGCGGCAGGAGGAGGACAUCCGCCGGCUGUGGUCGGAGGUCCAGCGCCUGAGGGACGAGCAGCUGAACGCGCCCUGCAGCUGCCAGGCAGAGGGGCCGUGCCUCACGCGGGAGGUAGCGCAGCUCCGGGCCGAGAACCGCGACCUGCGCCACCGCCUGUGCAGCCUGCGGCUGUGCCUCGCCGAGGAGCGGAGCCGCCAGGCCACGCUGGAGGCCGGCGCACAGCCUCCUUCUAGUCAAAGCCAAGACAAGGACAUGAAAAAGAAGAAAACGAAGGAAAGCGAGGCUGACAGCGAGGUGAAACAUCAACCAAUUUUCAUAAAGGAAAGAUUGAAGCUUUUUGAAAUACUGAAGAAAGACCAUCAGCUCUUACUUGCCAUUUAUGGAAAAAAGGGGGAUACAAGCAAUAUCAUCACAGUAAGAGUGGCUGGUGGGCAAACAGUGCAAGGGGAAGUCUGGAAAACAACGCCUUACCAAGUGGCUGCUGAAAUUAGUCAGGAACUGGCUGAAAGCACAGUAAUAGCCAAAGUCAAUGGUGAGCUGUGGGACCUGGACCGCCCAUUGGAAGGGGACUCCUCUCUAGAGCUGCUUACAUUUGAUAAUGAGGAAGCUCAAGCUGUGUACUGGCACUCCAGUGCUCACAUUCUUGGGGAGGCCAUGGAGCUUUACUACGGAGGCCACCUGUGCUACGGUCCGCCCAUCGAAAAUGGGUUUUAUUAUGACAUGUUCAUUGAAGACAGAGCAGUGUCCAGCACAGAAUUGUCAGCCCUGGAGAAUAUAUGUAAAGCCAUCAUCAAAGAAAAGCAACCUUUUGAAAGACUAGAAGUCAGCAAGGAAAUCCUCCUCGAAAUGUUUAAGUGCAAUAAAUUUAAAUGCCGCAUUCUGAAUGAGAAGGUUCACACUGCAGCCACCACCGUGUACAGGUGCGGUCCAUUAAUUGACCUUUGCAAAGGUCCACAUGUAAGACACACUGGAAAAAUUAAAACCAUCAAAAUUUUUAAGAAUUCCUCAACAUAUUGGGAGGGCAAUCCUGAAAUGGAAACGUUGCAGAGGAUCUAUGGAAUAUCCUUUCCUGAUAACAAGAUGAUGAGAAACUGGGAAAAGUCCCAAGAGGAAGCAAAGAACCGAGAUCACAGGAAGAUCGGGAAGGAACAAGAGCUUUUCUUUUUCCAUGAUUUGAGUCCUGGGAGCUGUUUUUUCCUUCCCAGAGGAGCCUUCAUUUAUAAUACACUUACGGAUUUCAUACGAGAGGAAUAUCACAAACGGGACUUCACGGAGGUGCUCUCUCCCAAUAUGUACAACAGUAAACUCUGGGAAGCCUCAGGCCACUGGCAGCACUACAGCGAGAACAUGUUUACCUUUGAGAUUGAAAAGGACACUUUUGCCCUCAAACCCAUGAAUUGUCCAGGGCACUGUCUAAUGUUUGCCCAUCGUCCACGAUCUUGGAGGGAAAUGCCUAUUAGAUUUGCUGAUUUUGGAGUUCUGCAUAGAAAUGAACUGUCGGGGACUCUCAGCGGCUUGACCAGAGUGAGGCGCUUCCAGCAGGAUGAUGCUCACAUCUUUUGCACAGUGGAGCAGAUUGAAGAAGAAAUAAAGGGGUGUUUGCAGUUUUUGCAAUCUGUUUACUCAACAUUUGGCUUCUCCUUUCAAUUAAACCUGUCAACAAGGCCGGAAAACUUCCUAGGAGAGAUUGAGAUGUGGAAUGAGGCUGAGAAGCAACUGCAGAGCAGCUUGAUGGACUUUGGAGAACCAUGGAAAAUGAACCCAGGCGAUGGAGCAUUUUAUGGCCCUAAAAUUGACAUAAAAAUCAAGGAUGCUAUUGGCAGAUACCAUCAAUGUGCCACAAUUCAGCUGGACUUCCAACUGCCUGUUAGAUUUAAUCUCACAUACGUCAGUAAGGAUGGGGAUGAUAAGAAGAGACCUGUGAUCAUUCAUCGAGCCAUUUUGGGAUCAGUGGAAAGAAUGAUAGCCAUUCUUUCAGAAAACUAUGGCGGAAAAUGGCCUUUCUGGCUAUCUCCUCAUCAGGUGAUGGUCAUCCCUGUGGGGCCAGCUUGUGAAAAAUAUGCACUUCAGGUAUCCAGUGAAUUUUUUGAAGAAGGAUUUAUGGCUGACGUUGACUUAGAUCACAAUUGUACACUAAAUAAGAAAAUACGAAAUGCACAGCUGGCUCAGUAUAAUUUUAUUUUGGUGGUUGGAGAAAAGGAAAAGGUAAAUAAUGCUGUAAACGUGCGAACAAGAGACAACAAAAUUCAUGGAGAGAUUUUAGUAACUUCUGCCAUUGAUAAACUGAAGAAUCUCAAGAAGACACGGACACUCAAUGCUGAGGAGUACUUUUGAAGUCCUUCCCUGAUAUUUGCUUCUGUGUAACUUUGUUUUGACCCUUAAAAAUUUAUUUUUCUUAACAUGUUAGUACUUCUAAGACUUUGGAGCCACUGAUGGGGGUCCACUCACGGCCUCAGCUGAGAAAGGAGACAAUGAAUGUGUAGCUGACAUGUACAAAGUUUAAUUCACUAAUGUCCACGGGGGACAUUUAGAGGGCACAUGGGAAGUUUUCCAGCAAUCAAUGCCUUGAGAAACUUAAAUGGGGAAAUAUUCAUUGAAAAAGUGAAACAGAACACUAGGAAAUGAUUAUGAAAUGUUAGGGCUAAGAUUUGUGAUUUUCAAAAGAUGGGCUGCAAAUAAAAGUCUGCAGAGUGUUUUUUUUUUUAAUGUGAGGGAAAAUCUUAUUUUCUAAUAUGUCUCAGGUAUUUUUAUGACUUUUACUAAAAUUCACACUGAAACUUUAUCUUCAAAAUUGGAAUCAUUACUUAAUUUUAACCAACAACCACAAAAGCAGCAGCUACUACUAAAUAUUGGAUUACUGACAAAGGAAUUCAGUUUUGUGGAAUCUGGUGUUUGCACUAUAGGUUAAGAGUUGCCAUUUAAAUGUUUCUUAUUCAUAAUUAGGUUUUGUUCAGCUUUAGAAAAAAAUAAGUUCCUGAAUGAAUUGCA